AAUUUAUUUUUCAGGUGACGAAAGUUUGUCUAUAAAAAGGCUAUGUAGUUCAGCAACACAAUCUUAUAAAGGACCAACUCAAACUAAAGCUUACAGAUCUGACACCGCUGUAUUAUUAUCUACAACCUCAGUAAAUAAUCGCAACGAUGAUCGCCACAGCGUUAUGUCUAAGCAAUAUUAUAAAAAGUAUGAACAUGAUGAGAUUCCCGUUCAAGAUAACACUGGCUUCACUAUUUUAAAUAAGACUGGGGAAACUGGGAAAGGUGACAGAAAACUUAAGUCCGGAACCACACUCGAUUUGGAACAAAUAGAAAUGAACCUAAAUAACACUCUCUCUUAUAAUCUUCAUCCGGAUAGCAGUUUCGCGCCCAGCCUUGAAUCGAAUAUAAAACUCUUCAAGACAACGGUACAAGAAAUCUUUGAUAAAUUCUACCAUUGUAUGAGUGAUAUAGAACAAUAUAAACUACGAUUCAAUAAAAUAUUAACAAAGAUAAAAGAUGAUCCGGUUACGGAUAUGGAAAACUUUAUAAAAGAUAUGCUUCAAGACAUUAUUUCGUUGGAUUCGUCCGCGUCUUUCCCCGUUUCUAAAAUACCGAGAGCUUUGUGCAGUAAAGACGCGACGGUGGAGGUGAAUUAUGAAGCAAACGAAGAUUACAAACGUUUCGGAAGUAAUUUGUUAUCGGAAGGAUGUAAAACAACUAUCGAAGCGUACAGGAACGACAAUUACAAGUCCGACUCCAACACAGACGAAGUCAGUUACAGCCACAAAUCCAAAAAAGGAGUGUUCUAUAUUAACCUUCUGAACAGUCACCGCUGCGUUCAGAUCAAACUGAACAAUCGCGACAUGGUCUCCGAAAUAAACAUCCGCGAUCAAAUUGUGAAAGAUGAAAAAAUUGACGAAGCCGUCUCAGCAGAUAACAUUAAGAAAUUAAAAGCGAAAGAAAUGGAAGCGAUGUGUUUGAGAGAUCGGAACGUGGACCAGGGCGACGAAAAGGACAUUCCGGUGAGAAUCGCAAAUCCAAAGAAAAAUAUACAUCUCGAUCAAGAUUUCACUAAUGACGUGGAUGAUGAAUCGAAACGUUCAUUAAUUUAUAAAAUAUGCAACUACUUUUGCAAGAAAUUACGGAGGGCUUGUUGA